AUGAUGCGAAGCGUUUUACGUUCGGUUGAGACAUGGAAUUACAGGGAAGCCAACUUCAUCCGGUCGACCAACAUGCUCGGACGGCAUAUGCUGCUUUUUCCGCCAUUGCUUCUGCUAUUCACCUCCUCCGUCCGGUCUGAUGCUAAUCUUCUGUCGACCAGCUGCCCUCCACAACUAGAUGCCUCAACUUUUACGUGCCAGUACCGCCGGCUGACGGCCAUACCAACCAUCAUCCACCGUGACACACGCGUCCUCGACCUUAGCAACAACAGAUUAGCCGUACUUCAUGAAGACAGCUUCCUGUAUCUUGGCAGCCUGGAACGCUUGACCUUGACAGGAAACCGGCUAGUUAAGAUCACCGAGCGUGCUCUUGUUCCACUCGCAGAUAGUCUGAUGUAUUUGUCAUUAAGACGCAACCAACUUCGGCCUGCAGAUCCCAAAAGUCUGCCAUCCAGCACUCUACGACCAUUGAGACGGUUGGUACGACUCGACCUGGCUGAGAACCCAAUCGAUUUGCUACCGACUGGUUGGUUCGAUAAUUUUGAAGGUCCACUCGUUGAAUUGCAUCUUGAUGAAUCGUAUGGACAUGCUGGCAUGCAUCUCGAGCCGAAGGCUUUCCAAGGUCUUGGAGCACUGCGGCAACUAAAUCUAGGCCAUGUUCGUCUAUCCACACCAUUGUCCAAAGAAGCGUUUGCUGGCCUACCCAUCAGUCAGAUGACGGAGCUUCGUCUGAAUGGUGUCCGCUGGAAGGCCUGUGACUGUCAAUUAGAUUGGUUACCGGACUGGUUGAUCCAGCGCCCCGGUUACAAUGAGUCAUCAUUAGAAUAUGAACGCGGAGCAGCUGGAAUUUGUGAGAGCCCAAAGCAUCUUGCCGGAAUGAGUGUGUUGCAACUCAACAUCACUCAUUUCCAAUGUCCAAUUCGGCUUCUUGGCCUAGCAUAUCAGUACACCGAUGAGCCAACAGUGGUACAACAUAAUGGAUUCGCAGUCUCAAUUCCAUGUCGUCUGGGCAAGCAACUUCGGCUAAUCUGCAGAAUAACCGGGCAGACCAAACCUCAAGUAACUUGGCAUCGAAAUGGUAUGCCUCUGCGUCCCGAGGAAGCAGAAGCAGAUUUAGAUGUUCAAAUUGGUCAUGGAGAGGCGAUUAAUUUCACUCUUACAUUCGGCGUGUCUGCUUGUAACCACGGUAGCAAUACAAGUUUUCACUGUCGAGCUAGUGCUCAGAGUGGUGAGGAGAUAAAUGGUGAGUUUCGUUUUAAUUUACCGAUUGAAGCCACUACAAGAGGAAAUGUGCAAACACCGAAUGAACUCGGUGACAUGAUUUAUGGAGAAGCGUACAGCUCCAAAAACCGUUUGCAAAUAGUUAAAAUGGACUCAAGGCUCACCUAUUCUCGUUUAUCUCUCUUCGAAACCUAUGCGAUCUGGAUGGGGGCAAUUGUCGUGGGCACAUUUAUCUGCACCUGCACAUUCAUGUAUGCUGCAUCCCGUCUUUUGCCUUUUAAUGCAAGCAAGAUUUGCGCGUUUAUGAAUGUUGGCGCUCUGGAAGUGAGUAGAUCCUCGCCAACAGUAACUGAGGGAACCGUAGCAAAUGAUGUAUUAACCAAGAAAUAUGCUGUUCCUAUUCAUAAAUGUUGCGCGAUCAAAGAGAACGAAAUAUUAUUAAAUCAAUCACAUCAAGAGGACUCGUAUUGUGCACAAGAAGUCAAGAAAUCCUCCCCGUUAAUUACGCCUCACACUCAACUAAUAAAUAAUUCCACAGGUCAGACAAGUUAUCCUUCACACCAGCCCUGGUUAUUUGAGUCUACAAGGAACACCUUGCUUCCUUCAAAGAGCUCUUUGACGGAGGCUGAGUGCUGCCAAUUUUCCACAGUUCAUUUGAAUUCGCCAGCUAAAGAAACUCUCGUGGCCAGUAGGUUAGGUUUCCCUUGGGGUUUUAAAAAUGAUCCUCUGCAAGAAAUUGCAAUUAAAGAAGCACUCAUACCGAUGCUGCCCAUUAAUGGAAGUAUGAUGUCGUUCCACUUGCCUCGUGAAGAAAAGCUAAUUUAUAAUUUUUCCCUUGAAAAAACAAAAGAAUUUUGUCCUAUCCUAAAGUAUCAUGCUGAUAUUGAUGAAAUGGACGCAGAACGACCUAAAAAUCAGAUUAUCCCGGUCAUCUCAGAGAAAGCAUCACUUUCCUAUACGAACAGAUAG